AUGCUUGACUUGACUGGUCGACGAGUAAGCAUCACCCAACUGGUUGCUCAACUAUCUGAGGAAAAAACCGAGUCAUGGGGACAAACCAUCUCUGUCCAAUUAGAAGAAGAGAUUCAGGAAGUGGAAACAAAUCUUGAUGCCCUGCAUGAUGCUGAGACAACCUAUUCAACCUCCACAUCACAACCUAUCCUAGUUAUGCCUACAGUCACUCCUGACAGUCCUUCUGUGGCUCCAUCAACCGACAAACCGACAAGUGCAAGUCCUACCACAGCUUUGCCCACAGUCACGCCCGGUAGCCCUUCUGCUGCUCCAACAACAGACAUACCGACAAGUGCAAGUCCUACCACAGCUUGGCCCACAGUCACGCCCGGUAGCCCUUCUGCUGCUCCAACAACAGACAUACCCACAAGUGCCAGUCCCACCACAGCUCUGCCUACGGUCACUCCCGGAACUCCUUCUGUUGCUCCAACAACAGACAAACCAAGUAGUGCAAGUCCCAGCACAGCUCCGCCCACAGCCCCCCAUCGUACUCCUUCUGCUUCUCUGAGAACAGACAGAACCACAAGCCCUGGACCCACAGCAUCUCUGCCGAAAGUCACCCCUGGUACUCCCUCUGUUGCUCCAAAAGCAGAUGAACCCACAACAGCUUUGCCUACAGUCACUCCUGGUACUCCUUCUGUUGCUCCAAAGGCAAACGAACCCACAAGUGGCAGUCCCACCACAGUUCUGCCAACCGUCACUCCUGGUGCUCCUUCUGUUGUUCCAAAAGCAGAGGAACCCACAACCGCCAGUCCCACAACAGCAUCCCCUUCUGUGACACCCGUCCUCCUGUGGCUCCAAAAGCAGACGAACCUACAAGCACCAGUCCCACAACAGCUCCCCUUCUGUGACACCCGGUACUCCUCCUGUGCUCCAAAAGCAGACGAACCUACAAGCACCAGUCCCACAACGCUUUCCUCGUCACCCGGUACUCCUCCUGUAGCUCCAGAAGCAGACGAACCCACAAGCACCAGUCCCACAACAUCUCUCCCAACGGUCACUCCUGGUAGUCCUCCUGUGGCUCCAAAGCAGACGAACCACACAGCCAGCCCACAACAGCUUCCCCUCUGUGACACCCGGUACUCCUCCUGUUGCUCCAAAAGCAGACGAACCUACAAGCACCAGUCCCACAACGGCUUCCCCUUCUGUGACACCCGGUACUCCUCCUGUAGCUCCAAAAGCAGACGAACCCACAACGCUAGUCCCACAACAUCUCGGCCAACAGGCACUCCUGGUACUCCUCCUGUGGCUCCAAUAGCAGACGAACCCACAAGCGCCAGUCCCACAACAGCUUCCCCUUCUGUGACACCCGGUACUCCUCCUGUUGCUCCAAAAGCAGACGAACCUACAAGCACCAGUCCCACAACGGCUUCCCCUUCUGUGACACCCGGUACUCCUCCUGUAGCUCCAGAAGCAGACGAACCCACAAACGCUAGUCCCACAACAUCUCGGCCAACAGGCACUCCUGGUACUCCUCCUGUGGCUCCAAAAGCAGAUGAACCCUCAAGCGCCAGUCCCUCAACAGCUUCCCCUUCUGUGAAACCCACAAGUGCCAAUCCCACAACAGCUCAACCAGUCCCCACGGCUUCCUCCCCAACAGGCUGUACUCUUGAAACAACAUCAAGUAUAAUCGGGAUGAAUUUUGAUGGUGACAUUGCGCUCAUCUCUGACGAAGAUUUCACCUCUGCUUUUGAACAAGCGUUUGCAUCUCUCCAGGAUGGAAACUGUACAUCAUUAGUCAAUAGUGUUUCCCUUGACAGUCGAUCUACAAGGAACCGCAAGCUGGGAAACUCUCACCCAACCAAGGCAAGAAAUUUGAGGAACCACCAGGAGAAAGCUUUUCAGUCAACUGGAGCACGUGUGCUGCAAACAACUGCCGCCCCCACCACUGCUAGCCCCAGCACGGACGCCCCCAGCACGACCAGCCCCAGUACAGACAGCCCCAGCACAACAGGACCCGGCACCACAGACGGCCCCACGGCCAGCCCCAGCACGGCUGGCCCAGGCACGGGCGGCCCCACAGUCAGCCCCAGCACUGCUGGCCCUGGCACGGACGGCCCCAGCCCCUCCAUCAGCCCCUCGGCCAGUUUCUCGGCCAGUUCCUCGGCCAGUCCCUCAGCCACACCCAGCCUCAGCACGGCUGGCCCCACGGACGGCCCUACGGCCAGCCCCAGCAGAGCUGGCCCUGGCACGGCGGGUCCCACGGUCGCACCAACUCCUCAGCCAAACUAUGUUGAAUUUGUGGUUGUUGCUUUGCAAAACACAGAAACCGUCCUGAUUAAUGAUUCUUUAUUCAGUGACCAGUACAGUGAAAAGCUCAAAGAUGUCACUCCUGAAGCAGCGAACUUGGUAGUAGGUUCUGUACAAACCCUUGCAAAUGAUGUCUUGACAACUCCAGGACCAACAAAAUCCCCCGCAGCACCAACUAAGGCACCAACAGCUUUACCUGGCACAUCUUCUCUGAACCCUUCUGCUAUACCUUCUUCAAAUCCAAGCAACACUCCACCAUCGAAUGCCCCUUCAAUUAGUCCCAGCACAUCAAAUGUACCUUCUUUGAACCCUUCUGCCAUCUCUUCUUCGACUCCAAGCACCAGUCCAUCAUCGAAUGUCCCUUCAAUAAGUCCCAGCACAUCAAAUGUACCUUCUUUGAACCCUUCUGCAUCUCUUCUUCAAAUCCAAGCACCAGUCCAUCAUCCAAUGCCCCUUCAAUUAGUCCCAGUGUAUCCAUGGUCCCUUCUUUGA